CGCGCAACAACCUCAACUAAAAAUGAAAUUCCUGAUCGUCUUCGUCGCUCUCUUCGCCGUCGCCUUGGCUGCACCUGUCGAUGACUCUGCAUCUGCCCAGACUUUGAGACAGGAUUCCGAUGUUGGACCUGAAUCCUUUCAAUUUGCUUAUGAGACAUCCAAUGGCAUAGCAGCUGAAGAGCAAGGUAAACUUAAGAACGCUGGCUCAGAAAAUGAGGCUAUUUCCGUUCAAGGUUCAUUCAGAUAUGUUGCCGAUGAUGGUCAGACGUACGAAGUUAAAUACGUUGCCGAUGAGAACGGUUUCCAGCCACAGGGCGCUCAUUUGCCCGUCGCACCUGAAGCUUAAGAUGCGUUAU